CCUUGAUUGAACUAUUUUACUGUUUGACAGAACUGGGGCGUAAAAAACAGGAAAAUGAAUCGCGAAGAAGUCUGCGAUAGCUUAAUUAUUUGGAUGCAGACAUUUGAAGUUGAUGCAUCAUGUAAUUCUGCAGAUGAUCUGAGUGAUGGUGUGGCUAUGUCUCAAGUUCUUCAUCAAAUAGCACCAGAUUACUUUGAUGAUAGUUGGUUGUCAAAGAUAAAACCUGAUGUCUCUACAAACUGGAGGCUGAAGGUCAGUAACCUUAAGAAGAUCCUGAAAGGAAUUCUAGAGUUCAAUCUGGAGAUACUUGGAAUAGAGAUCCAGGAUUUCCAAAUGCCUAAUAUCAAUGACAUAGGUGAACACUGUAACACAUCGGAGCUGUCACGCUUGCUACAGUUAAUACUGGGGUGUGCUGUAAACUGUGCUGACAAACAGGAAUAUAUACAGAGAAUUAUGUCCAUGGAGGUCUCUGUCCAACAGGUUGUAAUGAAUGCCAUACAAGAGCUGAUGAUGAAAGAAGUGUCAACCAAUGGAGAUGGUGAUUCUGAAAUGGCUGACCAGUUGAAGAAAGCAGUUGAUGAUUUGAACUCAGCACUUGAAGACAAAGAAGACCUAACACAGAGAUGUCAUGAACUAGAUGUACAGGUUGCAGGCUUAUUAGAGGAGAAACAAGUUUUAUUCAGUGAGAAUGAACGACUACAGGAGAGAGUGAACCAGGCGGAGAACCUGGAUGAACCGAGCCUGUUCCCUAGUACACCAGCAGGUAAAAGAUAUCAACAGUUACUUCUACAGGUAGAAAAAUUACAGGAAGAAAAUUUUAAAAUUGAUGCUGCAAGAGAUGACUACAGAAUAAAGCUUGAAUUAAUGACAAAAGAAUUCAAUGACAUCAAAUAUAAGAACACAGAGUUAACAUCUAUAGCUGAGGAAGCAAGAGGAUUGAAGGAUGAAUUAGAUGUUUUGCGUCAUACAUCAGAACAAGUUACAAAAUAUGAAACAAUGAUUGAAUCUUACAAGAAAAAACUAGAUGAAAUGGGAGAUUUAAGAGUACAAGUGAAACUGUUAGAAGAGAAAAAUACAAAAUAUAUGCAGGAACAGCUAGAGAUGGAAGAGGAAAUGAGAAAGUCUGGUUCAAUGAAACAACAGUUUGAUAUGUACAAACGUCAGGUCCAUGAGCUACAGAAUAAGUUAUAUGAUGAGACAAAGAGGGCUGAUAAGUCUGACUUUGAAGCUAAGAGAGCUGUAGAUAAAAUGGCAACACUACAAAGAGAAAAAGAGAGAAUAGCAACAGAAAGAGAUUCACUCAAAGAAAUGAAUGAUGAGAUGAAAUGUACACAGCUACAGACAUUAGAAGAUAAUGAACCAAAUGAUCUAACAUCCACGCCCAGAGUGGAAAUGUUAUCCUUACCCCCUGAUAUUAAAGAGAAAAUUUUACGAUUAGAACAUGAAAACAAGAUGUUAAAAUUGAGAUCCAACAGUACUGAUGGAAGUGAAAAUGACCAAGUACUACAGUCAAUGCUAGAUGACACAAACUCUCGAAAAAAUGAACUGGAAACAGAAUUAAGAAUAGCCAACCAGAAAAUAAUGGAAUUAGAAAGCCAAGUAGAGGACUUACAAGAAAAUCAAAAGACAGUUUCUAAUGAAGAGAUAAUUGUAAUGAAGAAAAAGUUAAAUGAACAGAUUCAGAGGACCCAAGAAAAAGACAAUCAGUUGACUAAAAUAAAAACAGUUCAGGAUGAACAAGAUUCAAAACUUAGUGCUAACUUAGAUAAAAUACAAGAACUGCAAGAUCAGUUACACAAAAAAGAGGACGAAAUUAAAUUGAUGGAGGCAAAAUAUAAAAAAUAUCUAGACAAGGCUAGAUGUGUCUUAAAAACAUUAGACCCUAGACAGAAUGUAGACACUGCCCCUGAAGUUCAGGCUCUAAGGAAUCAGCUCUCAGAAAAAGAGAAAUAUAUAGAACAUAUGGAGGAAGAAAACAAGAAAGCCAGACUUAUAAGAGAAGAAGAAGAGAAAUAUAUGGUAGCUUCAUGGUAUAAUUUAGGCUUUCAAUUGCACAGACAAGCAACUGAAGAGCGACUUAACAACAGUACCAAUGGCAUGUCCUUCUUAGCUCGCCAACGACAAAUUAAUUCACGGCGAACUCAGUCUAUACCAAACGCUCACACUAAUUCAUCUCGGUGAAAUUGUUUAGCCUUUUAAUUACAUGUGCAAUCUUUUUAUAACAUACUAUAUUUAUACCUCAUAAGAGUCAAGGUCAUAUUUUUUGUUUUCCCUUAGGUCAUUUAAUUUUUCAUUAAAUAGAAGAUACUUUGAUAGUACCACAAAAUGUGUUUGAACUUCCUGAAAACUGUAGUGUGAAUCCAACAGCUUUCAGCAAAGAUGACCAAUGCUUAGAUUUGUGUCAUUAAAUACUUUCAACAAAUUACUAUUAAUAAUAUGAACAUUAGGGCAACGUUUUAUUUUUAUCAUGAUAAACUUUAUGUGUUUGAAAGUCACAGAGGACACUAUAGUAAUUUUGGUUGGUAUAAUCAAACAUAUUAUACCAUCGUAAGAUUUUGUUUGGUAUAAUCAAACAUAUUAUACCAUCGUAAGAUUUUGUUUUAAGAUAUUUACAAGUUGAUAAUGUCAAACAUCAUCUUUUAUUUUAGUCCUAAAUACUUUUCAAGGAAACAUGAACUUUGAAUGAUAUUGUGACAGUUUUUUACCCAUAAUUCAUUUGUAUGUUAUCUGUUAUGUGUGUCAGAUUUUGCUGUGAUUUGUUAGUAAAUUGUUGUGAAAGGAAACAGUCAAAAUGUCAUUAUACUGAAAUUUUUCAAUAUUUCUCAAAAUUCUUCAAAUAUUCAUUUGGUUAAAAUGAAAUGAAACGGAGGGAGUUGUCUUUAUAUAGGUAUCAGUGAUAAAAAAAACCCCAUUAUAGUUAGCUCUAACCUGUUCCCAAUAAUUACUAAAUAUGUGAAGAUAUUCUUUUUCAACUUUGAAAAAAAGUAAAUAUUUUUAUUCUAUGGUAUUGGUGUUUGUGAUGUUUAAGUUCAAAUAUUAUCUAAUCCUUAUUAGUUUUGUUUAUAUGUAAGUUCAGAUAUUUUUUUUAAUCCGUAGUAGUCACGUGUUUAUUCAUAUGUAUCUAGAAUCUUUCUUUAUUAUAUCUUUUACAAUAUCUAUAUUUUGAACAACAAUCCUAAUCUUAAAUUGUGUGGAAAGAGUUAUAUGAUAUAAAUUCUUUUGAUAAGCUUUGUGUUUUAAGUAAAAACUUAAGUUCCGUUAUUGCCACUAGAUGUAAAUGAAAAGACAAGACACCUAUUUUGAAUACUCAUUUUAGAUUAGCAAAAGUUAAAGUAUUAGCCAAGAUAUAAAUAGAGAUUUUUUAUUAGUUUCUUCUUAUUUUCAAAGUGUGUAAUAUAUUUAUAAUGAUAUUCACUAACUGUGAUUUGCAUAUUUGUGAUAUGGAAGAGAGAUAUAUAUAAGUAUAUGAAACUUCUACUGCCAUCACUGUAAAUAGAUUUUCUCUAGUCAUAAAAUAUCAAAAUGGUUGUACAGACAAGGUAUUGUGUUGUCCAAGUAGCAUAUUAAUUAGAUUUUUGCUGAUAUAUAUUUCUAUAUUAAACUUCAAAACAAUUUUUUCAAUUUUAAAAUAAAUAUUUGUUGUAGUCAAUUUAUUCGUGCCAACUUUGCCUUGUUUACAAAAGCCAUAUGGGUAUAACUUAUAACUACAGAAUACCAUGCCUUUUAAGUAUGCUAGGCAAAACCACCAUUCGCACUUAAAUACUUUCAUUUUACAUAUUUUCAUAGAAACUGGCAUUUACUCUUUGAAAAUGAUUUUAAUGCAACAUCAUAGAUAUAUUUUUAUCCAUAAAGAAAUCUUUAUUAUUUCAGAUACUUUCUGUUAUAUAGUACAUGUAGCAACCCGAAUAAAUUCUCAAAUAUUGUACAUUUUUUCAUACAAGUAGAAAUUUCAGUGAAAUCUGAAAUUUAUUAAGUAUAUCAAAAAAAGUUAUGUUUUGAUACUUUUAGAAACUUUUUUGAAAAUGAUGUAGCAAAUUAUUUUUUCAGUAUUGAAACAUUAUUAUGUUGUUUACAUAAGGUCUGAAUCUCGUGUAGUUGUAUUUAUUUUGUCAUUUUGUAUAUACACAUAGAUCAUAUUCAACUUAUAACAAACAGCUUAUAUUGUAAAUAAGAAAAAUGUACUUGCAUUUAUAACCAAAUUACUUACACACUUAUUAAUAUGAAAAAGAAAGCAUUUGAUCCAAUUACUGACUGCAUCAUAAAGAGACUUUAUUUAACCGAUGCUAAUAGUUAUUUUACCCCACUAAGUGCAAUGGAGUGUAAAGUAAUUAUAGUGUCAUAUAAUCAACCUGUCCAUUCACAUUUUGUUUUAAGCAACUGCUCUAAAAUCCAGUGACUUUAUUGUUUAAUAAAUCUUUUAGAAAAUAUUCAGUACCUGUGUAUUACUGGUAUUUAUUCUACAAAUAAUUUCGAGCAUUUUCUUAGGCAAAGCGUUGACUUUUCAACAUCUUAUUAAAUAAGGGAGUGGGGAUAUGACUCUCCUUAGGAGUGAUUACCUGAUUUUAUAGUUAUUGGGACAGUUGCAUAAAAAAAUCAUGUACAAUUGAUAUAUAGCUCAAAACAUCAAAAUAAGUUCCAAAGAAGUCAAAAGAAACAGCAUUUGCCUAUUUACAUUUCGAAGAGUAUGUUUUUUUAUGACCCAAUUGGUUCAUAGAAGUCAGUCGUUUGAAUGCAAUUCUCAACAAUGUUAAAUGAAAGUCACUAAUGUUCUCAUUCUAAAAUAUCAUAGUCUGAUUUUAAGAAGUCUUAAUUUGUCAUCCAUGACACUUGCAAGAAAAUAAUAUAUUCUCAUAAUCAUUAUAUUUCUUAGUUUAAUACAUUUUAAACACACUCUUUCAAAUGCUACUUUGACAGUUUUUGUAGAAAUAUAACUUUUCUAUCCAAAGAUAACAUUUAUAUACUGUAGAUUAUCUAUUUCAAGGUUUUGAGAAAAAAAUAAACCAUAUGUUUAAGAUAUUUCAUUUGGUUAACUUACCGUUUGUUCCUGAAAAUGCAAUGAAAAUAUUUUUUUAGGAGUUAUGUAAAUGGUUUUGUUAUACAUGAUAUUUAUGAAAAAUGUGUAUCCCAGUAAUAUUGAUGGCAUUAUGAUUAUACCUUUUCUUUAAUAUUUUAUUAUAACGUAGAACAUAUAUGCUCUUAAGGAAAUUAUAGUAACCAAACCAGUUUGAUAGCAAAUGAACAUCAUAAGCUGUAAUAUAUGAAACGUAUUGUAUUUUUAAAAAUUUAUCUACAUAUGUUCAAUAACAAAUUGUGCUUCAUCUGCAUUUUGAUGUGCUAUAUUCUUCUCACCUUUUAAAUAUGCUGCUUUCACUUGAAAUGUCCAGUGCUUUGUAAUAUUAUGAAUGUAUAAGGGGAGUGGUUAUUGUUGACAGAGACCACAAAAGUAGAGGGUCAGGGACUCAGAUUUCAAUUUGGGAGGGACACUAUCAAUACCUACCCAAUGAAAAAUAACCAGGAAAGAUAAGUGUAACUGUAGUACCUGUGGAACCCUCUUUCUGUUUGCUCACUAAAUGGUAAUACAUCUCUGUGUUUCUGUGUUCAGGACAUAGAAAGGGUAUGUGUUUAACAAAUUUUAGAAUGCAUUAUUAAUUGAAUUACAUUAAUCCAAGUGAAGUUAGAUGAAUGUUUUCACAAUAAAUGGGAGAGGACUAUUUUAUAUUGUAUUUUAUUACAAAUGUGAAUUGUUAUAAUAAACCAGUUUUAUGAACAA